CUGGGAUUGAGCUGAAGGAAAACCGGGAUUGAGCAGGGGAAGGAAAAUCAGGAUUGAGGAGCUGAAGGAAAACCAAGCUCGCUGGGAGCCCCCAUGCCCGGAUGCUCCUUCCCCGGGAUUUUGGGACAUCCCCAAUCCAACACCCCGGGGUGCUCCCACCCCAACCCCUUUUCCUUGGGGAAAAUCCCCAUCCCUUCCCGGCUCAUCCCGCUUUUCUCCUGCCGGGCUUUUAGGAUUCGGUGGGAAAUGUAGGAUUUGCUGUUAGCUCCCAUUCCAAAUUAUUUCCCCAGAAAAUUUGGAAAUCUCCUCCUUUUCCUUCCUGAGCUGGGAAAAUUUGGGAUCAAUUUUUUUUUUUCUUUUCCCGUAGCUUUUUCCAGAGGAAAAAGUUGGGAUGAGGAAGCCAAAGCUCCGUGGGCAGAGCCUGCUGGGAGGGGACAUGGAGCUGGCCACGCCCGGGGCGCUGUCCCCCAGCAAGCCCGGCUCCCAGUUCUACCAGUACGGGGGCAGCGCGCGCCGGAGACCCCUGCACGGCUCCUCCAUGGUUCAGACAAAGAAAGUUCGGAAGGUGCCUCCAGGUUUGCCGUCCUCCGUGUACGCUCCGUCCGCGGGCGCGGCCGAGUUCAGCCGCGACUCUCCCGGCUUCCCGGCCGCCAAGGGCGCCGCCGCCUUCCCCGGCUCCUUCUUCGUGCAAGGUCAGCCCGCGCCCCCGAGGGUCCGAGCCUCCAAACGUCCGAGCUUCGGGACCAAACUUCCCGAACAAAUCGGAAUUCUGGGUUCCGGUUUUUCCCGGGAAAUCGCAGAUUUUGGAAUCCCGGAAAAUUCCAAGCGUUGGGACCAAAUUUCCCCCCCCAAAAAAAAUCAAAUCUGAAUUUUGGGUCCGAUUGUCACGAAAAAAAAGAGAAUAUUGGGACCAAAUUUCCUGAAAAAAAAUCAAAAUUUUGGGCUCGAUUUUCCUGGAAAAAUCUGAAUUUUGAGAUCAAUUUUCCCUGGAAACUUCCUACAUUUUAGGCUAAAAAUUUCCCCCAGAAUUCCCAAUUUUUGGCACCAAAUUUCCUGAAAAAAUCAGAAUUUUGGGACCAAAAAUCCCAAAAAAAUCCCAAACUUUGCUUCCCCAGCUCCUUCUUCAUGCAAGGUCAGCAAGUCCCCAAAAUUCCCAAAAAAUUUCCUGGGAUUUUUCCCAAAAGUCCAAUUUUCCAGAAAAUUCUAAAGUUUGGGAUGAAAAUUCCUGAAAAAUAUCUGAAUUUUGAGGUGAAAAAGACCCAAAAAUUCUGAUUUUUUGGGCCCAUUUUUCCUGAAAAAAUCAGAUUUUUGAGGUGAAAAUUCCCAAACUUUUGGUCCCAAUUUCCUGAAAAAAACCCAGGAGUUUGAGAUUAAAAUUCCCAGAAAAUUUAUCCCAAAUUUUGGGAUAAAAAUUCAGGAAAAAAAUCCCAAAUUUUGGGAUGGAAAUUAAAAAAAAAAAAAAAAAAUCCCAAUUUUUAAUCAAAAUUCCAACUUUUGGCACCAAACAUCCCAGAAAAUUCCAAAAUUCUGGGAACAAUUUUCUGGGAAAAUUCCUGAAUUUUGGGACUAAAUUUCCAGGAAAAUCCCAAAUUUUAGAGUUAGAAUUCAUGGAAAAUUCCCAAAUUUUGGGAUCAAAAAAUUCCCAGAAAAUCCCAAAAUUUAGGUAAAAAAGUCCCAGAGAAUUCCAAAAUUUUGGGACCUAAUUUCUUGGGAAGUCCCAAAUUUUGGCACUAAAAAACUCCAGAAAAUUCCCAAUUUUUGGCACCAAAUUUCCUGAAAAUUUCAGAAUUUUGAGACUAAUUUUGUAAAAAAAAAAUCUGAAUUUUUGGACCAUUUUUUUCUGAAAAAAAUCUGAAUUUUUUGGUCAGUUUUUCCUGGAAAAUUGCAAAUUUUGGAAUCCCAGAAAAUUUCAAAUUCUGGGACCAAAAUUCCCCCCCAAAAAUCUGAAUUUUGUGUCCGAUUGUCAUGAAAAAAUGAGAAUAUUUGAACCAAAUUUCC